AUGACCUCCUCCGCAGAACUCGACGGACUCUCGCUAGGCCAGCUCUUCAGCCAAGGCCAAUCCAUAUUGACAGAAUUAGAAGACUCACCUUUGUCCAGCAUUGACCCAGCAUACCAAGCACAAGUCGCAAAAGGGUUUCAAAUGCUCUCACGCGCUGACGACUUGGUGUCCAAGCUUGCCAUCUUUAGUGAUAACGAGCUACUAGACGAUAUCAACACCAACGAUCUCAAGUUUCUGCUGAUCCCUGCCUACUUGGGUAACUUGACAUUGAAGAUCAAUAGCCCAGACAGACGAUCUGUAUUAGACAAAUCCAGAGACUAUCUACAAAAGUUUUUGAGUGCCUGUCAAGAUCAUGCACUGAUUCAAAAGCAAGACUUGAGCCUGAUGGAGCAGUUACAACACAAGGCGCCCAACGUGGCGGCAUCACAGCAACGUGAUCAAAAGAUUGCUCGAUUCAAGCGUGAACGUGCUGUCAAACAACACAUUGCGCAACUUCGUCAGCAGCUGGAUGCCGUAGGCAACAAGGAAGAUGAGGACCGCGAUGUGGAUGAUAUGGAGCGAGAGUGGGUAGAGGCAUUGAUCGAAUUAGAGAUAUUGAAGGCAUUGGAGAACUGGCAUGCGAUCGAACAAGAGAUGGUCAUGGUGAAAGAAAUGGAAGCUAUGAAGGAGAUGAGAGAAAAGACAGGACGAGAUACAUCCGCAGACAGCCGAGAGGCACCGCAGACAAGUCGAGCCAACUGGGGCAAAGAUAAACCCAUGCUGAGCAAGGAGGGCAGACCACUUCAACCCUUUGUGAUUAUGAACAAACGAGAGCAGCUCAAGAGCCAAGUAUUUGGAUAUGGUCAUAAUCUGCCAACCAUGACCAUUGAUGAAUACCUGGAUCAAGAAAUGGAAAGAGGCAAUAUCAUUCAAGGAGGUGGAGAAGAACCUGAAAAGCCAGAAAUUGAUGAUAACGAUUACGAUGCUCAAGAUGCCGAAACCAUGAAGAAGCGAGAGUGGGACGAAUUUGUCGAAGCCAAUCCCAGAGGAGCAGGCAAUCGAGGCAACAAAGGAUAA